AUGAGCCCGGGAACUAUUCACCAGACCGCAGAGGUUGUGGAUAAAGAGCUGGUCGCAAUUCGCUUUAGAUCCGGUUCCCAGGUCCCGGAUAUCCUGUCCGACCCGGCCACAUGCUUGGCCCUUGAGGACAGCACAAAUGUAGUCAUGCGGCGAAUGGGCGUACAAGAGGAGGCGAUAAAGGGUACCAAACAGAUGAAGACCGCCUCCAGCUGUAUCACCAACACACAGGCAAGUAUGCCCAAUGCAUUCGGAGGCGUGGAUGCGAUCAGUCAAACAGAUGAAUGA